AUGAUGCGCAGUUCUUCUUUUUGCAGGCGCCAAAUACGCCCCUACUACAAUCUUCCAUCGAAGUCUGAGCAUGGCCGAAAGAUGACAGGAUUUCUUACUCCGUACCGCCACUGGAUGUGGAAGCAGAACGAACUGUGGCGCAAUGUGCAUGAGGCGCAGUUUGAGCACCUGCGACGUGUGUAUAAACGUCAGUGGCUGGAGUCAUUUCGCGUUAAUGCAGAUGAGUACAUCUAUAAGUACAACAUAACGAAGGCUGCACAGCUGGCUCAGUGGGAGUGCGAGAUGAAGGAGCAGGAAAAAAAACGAAUAGAGGCGCGUCAGAUGAUGGACGGGCGUCAGGCACUGAAGAAGAAACACCUUGAUCUGCUUCGUGAGUUCCAUGAGCGGCAGUUCUUCUUUUGGUAUGAGCGCGCCAGUGAGCGCCUGCAGAACAUGAACCUCAUUAAUUACGUUCCUCACGCGCAACUUCGGGAGCACAUUGACAAAGAGUUGGACAAGUAUGUGGCGGGUAAGAACGAGCCCUAUCCGCUAAAUUUUGUUGGGCAAAUGCCUUUCUUAGAAGAUGGUGAUGGCAAUAUCGUAGAGGUACCGGAGUCGUUACUGUCGAAUCACAUGGCAGAGCACCCUGACUCUACUGCAAAACCCCACGAACCGCACACGAGCAGCUCGAUUUCGGAAGCUGCUGCUUUUGAAGAGCGAAUGUUACGAGCGAUGGUAAGUGCAAAGGAGGAGGAUUUGAAAGAAUGGUUGGGUGAUGACUCCCGAGCGCUCUCCGAGACGAUAGAUGACAUUUCAAGAGAGGAGGAAGAGCGUGAGGCGGACAUCCGCGUGGCUCGGAGCAUGGAAGAGACGGAUGCGGAGCGCGAGGUAAGCCGCCGGGCGUACAUUGAGCGAGGUAAAACUGGAUCAAGGUCGAUCUUCCGACCACCCACUGUUAGUGAAGGCGCUGGAGGCACACCGUCUGCACCUGCAGGAGAUGCCAAUACUCCUAUGCGGCGGCGGAAGAAGGGGAAACUCGAUCGAGUACACGCUUUACAGGCUCAUCAGGAUGAAUUGCUGGCUAAGUUAUCCUCUCAAGGGUUAAAGGAGGGAGUGGAUGCCUCAUCUGUACCGGAGCGUGGGAAAAUCGUGCAAAGUAGAGGAAGGAUUCGCGAUAAGGCAGUGAUUCCGACGCAUGAAGUGUUGAUGCAGAAACCUGAGCUUGCUGCGGGUAGCACACCGGGUGCACGCAUACAGACGAAGGAUAUGGUGGACAAAAUGUAUCAUAGGGGUAAAUACAAGAAGAGUGGUAGCGGCGAUAAAUCUGACGGUGAGGAUCUUUAA